GGUAGCUCGUGAGAUCAUUUUUCCAGUGGAACCCACUAACUUACCGACUCCAGCAACUAUUGAUUCAAGCACCGAAGCUAGAGCCCCUUCUUUCGUAGAUAUGAGGGAACCCGGUCCUUCUUCUGUCAAAGAGACACAAUAUCCGGCUGCUCAAGUUCUUGCGGAAGGAAACCCUCCUCGGAGUGGCACAACUAACUCUGAUUCUGUAGCCACAGUUUCUGAUCUGUUGUCUUUUGAGAAAAUCCUGCCGUAUAAGUUAACAUUAAUGAGGAAUUCCAUGUCAGCAGCUGUCCAUAUGUUUAAAGAUCCCAAUCAAUGGUCAGAUCUAAACAUUGCUAUAGAGGUCUUGAAUAGUGCGGCAAGGAUGGCCAAACUUAAUGUUUCUCCUUUACGCGGUUCUCUCUUAAGAUUUCAUAAUUCGGUUACCGCGUUAAAAUCAGCAGAAAGCAUAGUUGUUGCUCCGAAGAUUCUGGAAUAUGGAAGACAGCUGACAUCUUCCAAAGAGAAAGCUUCCCACAUUGCUUCUGUAGUUUCCAAAUAUGAUCAAGAACAGUUAUCCCUUCAAGAUCAACUAAAAGCCUCUACCAAUAAUAUAACAAAUAUUCAUAAUCCGAUUGCUCUUCUAAAUAAGGAAAUUUAGCAAGAGGAGUUGAAUAUAAAGAAUAUCCAGGAGAAGAUGCAGGUGAAUAUUCAUUCUGCAAACGCCAAGCGAUCUGAGCUGAUUAAAAAUGAAGAACUGAUUGCCUCUUUGGAGAGGAAACUAGCCGGUGUUCCUGAUCAUGCAAAAAUUAUCUUUGAGGCUAAAAUAAAACACGUUGCAGCUCAGGUUCAACUCACAGAAGAUUUACAAAAAUAUUUGGCAGCACUAGGCAUGGCAGAAGAGUUGUGAAGACUUUGUUCUGUUUUCUUUUGUGAUCAGAUGUAAUUUUCUUUUGAACUACAAGACAUAUAAAUGCAUCUCAAUGUUUUGGAAUACUAAUUUCUUCUGAGA